UUAGUCACAGAAGCAAACACGCUCGCAUACCCGGCUUUCGUCCACACAAACCGACCCUAAGAAAACACGCGUUGACUGUACACCACAGCAUUUUGCAAUACUUUGGUGAAUGUUCAUUUUGGUGUAAACACUUUUGCAGUUUCCAGUGUGUCUGUAAGGCUAUAAAGACUAGGAGAGGAGAGACAUUAGACUUUAAUAACCACUUUAAAGACACAUGGAGUCAUGAUCAUGAGCUGACUGACAUUCCUGCAUCAGUAAGUGACAUCAUUCUAACUGUUCCCUAUUUACACUUUGUCUGCUUCCUCGUGCGACAACGAAUGACAAACGCUGACUCAGAAUUAUCUUGAAAACAUAAUGAAUUACUCAUUUCAAUUUUAUCUACUGAGAAAUUGCAGUACGAUUCUCCAGAAUUGGAAGUCUUGAGCCAAAAUUCUGGUGUUAAUCUGUUAAUCUGUGAUUGCAUCUGUUAUCUUUGUUAGCAGAAUGUCAGAUCUGACAUCAGUGAAUAGUUCUGUUGUCUUCUGGUAUUAUCUACACUGGUGGUUGUUGCUGUUUAUUGCCUAUAUGAUGGGUGUAAAGUCUGUGCCAUAAAGGUACCUUUCAUGUGUCGAGCCUCAGUUGCUGAGCGUGUCCAGUGUACACAAGCCUUUUAUUGGAGACUUGAACGAACAUUUGUUUUGAUAGAUAGUAAAAAUCGGUUAAUUAUACGUUGGAUUACUAACAUUGGUGGUUUCAAAAGGUGUCGAUAGAGGUUCCAACUCUCUAAAUUUCUCUGCUGGGUCUCUCUCAACUUUUUCUAUCAGUAGAAGUAAAACUAUCUUGUGCAUGUGAGCUUCCUAUCUGAUUGGGUCGUUCAGAUAAGAUAACGGCAAAGUAUUGGGCAAUACAGAGUUAAAACUGAUGUGUAUCAAAAGGGAUUACAUUUUUUAGUGUACAUAAUCAUAAUUCCACAUAAUCUCUAUCUUCUCUAUUGUUCUUAUUGCCACCUACUGUAUCAGAUACAAUGUGGCAACAAUCCAAAACUGCCAAUUUUAAGAGAACAAAUCCUUUGAAAUUCAAACGUGUUCUUAAUGUUUUGCCUGUUGUGGUAAAACUGAAGAAUUCCAAACUGACACAUCAUCCCAAAAACUGAAUCAAUUUGUUCUUAAAAACUACAGCAGGCGAUUUAAUGCACGUGUAUGUGUUUAUUUAUGUAGUCACACAAAAUGCAAUUUUGAAACAUGGUUUUUAUCUGUCUUGUUAUCUGUCUUGUUAUCUGUCUUGUUAUCUAUCAUGUCACUGGCACGGCACUCCCUUCUUUUUGUCUUACUCCUUUAAAGCUGCUACAAUUAAUAUUUGUAUAACAAUGGAUCAGAUGAUGAUCUCUAAUGUGAAAGGGGUUGCUUGUAGAGAUGAAACUACAGAGAAUUAUCACCAGAGUUCUCUGAGUAUUUUAGCAUCUUUCAGCUUGUUGUUUUGGGGGGGGGUUUGUCGCACACAACUUUUCUGUUUUGGUUCACUCUCAUCGCUCUCAUCGCUCUCAUAGUGUUGUUUAUUGGCUGCAACAAGCAACCUGCUCAGCACCUAAACAGCAGGCAGGCAAAGUUAGCAACUAUAGUAGUUGAAGGACAUAACGAACAUUUAGCAGGUAAGAGUAAAAACAAGUGUGAAUAUUUGACUUACAUUCAUCAAAAGGACAGAUAUACAUGACUCGUAAUGUUGGUCCAUGCUGGAUGUGUAAUAGGCGACUUUCUGAGGAAAUGUCUUAUCAACUUAAAAGCACAGUGUUGUGUCCCUAAGCCAAACAAAUCUAACUGUUAUUACCGGUUUAACUACGUUGGGUUGUCUACUAUAAGAGCUCUAUUACAGUGACUCAUUACUCUAACAAAACUAGCACCACAAAGCAAAAAAGCACCAAUAAAGUUUUUUAAAAAGGUGAAACAUUCUCAAACAUUCACAUUUUCAAUGCGGUUUUCAUGAGGUUGCAGAAAGCUUUUCAUAGAACUCAAACCUCACAUUUACGAGUGUUAGGCCCCAGUCCCCCAAAAGUUUCACAAUGACUCAAUGAACAAUGCACAGUCCAAAUUAAUCCAAGAUAUUCCCAAUGAAAACAAAUACAUAAUGCAACACUGCUGUGAAUCAUGGGGUGGCUAUGGUUACUUUUUUGACUAAUAAACUCAUGUAUAAUUUUUAUACCACAUAUAUUGAUUGUAUUAAUCGUCAUUAGCAGAUUUGUGGUCUUUCUUUCUUUCUUUUUUUAAACAUCCAAGUUGGACUACAAUCCCUAAAUGCCACUUUACACUACACUCUACAGUUGCCAAUCUCUUUCUCCCUUUGCAACAUGAUGAAGGUGUUGCACCCUUCUGUCCUUAGAUUGAAACUGUAAACUUUCCUUUUUUUUCUCAAGAAAAUAGGACAGUCAUGACCAUCUGAUCAGAGACAAUGUUGCAACACCAGGCAGAUUACUACAAACUACUUUGCCCCCGCCUUCACAUCCCCUCUAUCUGUGUCUCACCACAUCCUGUUCAUACCAGCAGAACAGUUCAGGACAAUCUGUAUGCUGCAGUUGCAAUUUUUUAUUUUUUUUUUAUAUGUGGAAUUUGCCGUUUUCUUUUGAAGUUGUCUUGGGAGAGAAAAAACUAACAAACAGGCAAUGCUUUAAUUAUUUUCCUGUCAUUGUUUCUUUCCAGUUUGAAGUUGUAACAAAGAGAGUUGGACUGGCUGACAUUUGCAGGUAGACCUAUGCUCAUAGUGUACGUGGCAUUGCAUGAAAAUCACUUGACAUCAUGCACUGACACAACAUACCGUCCAUAAACACAAAUCUAGUCUAUUCCAGACAACAGAUUGCUGUAAUAAAAAAAGACAGAUAACAAAUGUAUGGGCUUCUCUUGUGUGGAUGUUUACUUUUUGCGUAUUGGAAAUUCUAAAAAUCUAAAUCUAAAAAUCUCUAAACGUUUCAUACACUAAUGCAACAUUCACACAUUCUUCUUCUUUUUUCUUCUUUUUUUUUAUCAUUGGAAGUAAUUGCAUACCAAGUGGAAAAAGAAGGCUGACCUUGGUGCCAUCGACUGAAGAUCACCGUUCAAGCAUUUAUCAGAUACCAAUUAUUAUGCUCUCAUUUAUUACAGAGCACGGUGUGAAAGAACAAAUGCUGGCCCAAACCACAUACAUGACCUCAGCCACCCAGCCAGAUUACGCUGGUUUAUUAUUGUUUAUUACAAACUGUACUGGGUUACAAUAUUUGGAGUUCCUAAUAUUAUGCCUGCCUCAUGUAUGUUAAUAGAAUGGGCAAAAUAUUGGGAACAGCAUUCAAUAUCAUGCACUUGCACCCUCUACAACCUCAAUAAUAAACAUAAAGUAGAACUAUCACCUUUAUGCCAAUAUCAACUUAUAUUAUAUAUAACUAUAUAAGCUUUAUGAAUUUAGAAUUUAUGGCAAAGCUGUUGUAUUGCACUGCAUUAGAUUACACAGGUGUACUGUACCUAAUGAAGUGGCAUGUGAGGUGAAUGUAUGAGCUGCAGACUUCAGCUGGAGUUACUGGUACACUGAACAUACAGCAAUUAUACCAAGAACACAUUUAUACUCACAUAUGCAUCAUCGGUCAAUAUUCGCAUCUACCCCGACGAUACCCAAUUAUAUAUCUCAACUGAGCCAACAAACCCUGACAACGUUCACUCCAUGACCGCCUGGCUAGUCUCAAUAAACCGGUGAAUGAGCGACAAUUGAGGAUAAAUACUUUUAUGGGGAACUAAAUCCAAAAGAAACUUUUUUAGUAAUCUCAGGAGCACGGCUCAUCACACCAAAUCUAAUGUAUAUAGUCUUGGUGUAAUUUUAUAUUCGGACAUGAUUUACGCACCAAAACUAUGGAACACCUUACCCAUCAUGUACAUCAAAUGGGGAACCUCUGUGGACAUUUUUUUUAAAGAGCAUAAACAUAACUACCACAAAGCUUUUAGUUUAUCUGUGUUUUAUCAUGUAUUUUAGACUUAUUUCACUUAGUUUCAUCUUUUAAAUCUAUUUUAACUUUUUAUCUUUUAUUAGUUGUAAUGUUUGUUUUGGGUUUGUUUUUUUUAACCUAUGCUAUUUAUUUUAACUUGCUUUACUUGUUUUAUUGCUGUAAAUAUAAAGCACUUUGAGCUGCAUUUUAUGCAUGAAAGGUGCUAUAUAAAUGAAGUUAUUACUAUUAUUAUUAUUCAUGCGUUUAGAUUCUGUCUCUCUCUCUCACAUACACACACACACACACAAACAUGCACACACGCACACACAUUUCCCAUGAACCAGGUAUGACUGCUUGAACAGUGGAGGCAGGCACUACUUCCACUUAAUUCUGAGCAGACAAUUCGGUAAGGUCAUUCUCACAUUUUCCCGUAAUGUUUGCAUUCCAACUCAGUGGACUGAAACCAGUGAACGACCCCACCACCACCACCACCACCACCACCAGCACAAACACACACACACACACACCUCACAGUCCUACAGUUUCUGCUCUUCAUCAGUUUGAGUAUCUCAGCUCUAAAUUUGAAGAAAGUUUACUCUCUCUUUUGUCCACUUUGUUGGGGGAAAAACAAAAAGUUAGAUUUAAGAUGACUCAUAAAUGUUAUCUUGCAAUGUGUUUAACUGGCCAUGCUUGGGGUCUGAUUAUCAUAGUAUCAGUGUGUCUUAUCACAUGCUGGAUAAAUAAAUUUGGGACUUUUCAUUCAACAACCUGCGUUUCCUUUAGACUAUUUUUAUUCUUGAGUGCUGCAGCCGACCUUUGCCAGGGUUUCCUCUCCUGAAAAGCUACUUGAUUUCCACUUCAUAACAAUAACCUGUCCUGUCCUGUCCUGUCUGUCCCCGUCCACAUCCUCCCUAUCCUGCCCAUUGGUACAAUAACUUCCAAAUGCUCUCCGGGGGCGGAAAGCUUCUACAGAAAGUUGCGGCUUGCAGAUAUCAGUAAAGAACAAUGGUCAAGGAUAAGGCAGGCGUUCAGCAGUUGUGCGAAACAGGGACUCCAUCAUAAUUGCUGUUAAUAAUUACAGUCGUGAUAAGUGGCAGAGGUGGCAUUUAUUGAUGGCAAAACUGUCAGAGGUCCCAGUUGUACUCCAAGAGCUGGAGGAGGCAGAAGGGAGACUGGAAACCUUGGAUUUAAGACAGAUUAGGACACUGUCAGGUAUGUGGUAUAAGCUGCUGUAUAUUACACCAGGAUAUGAAAGUUUACUGGAAAACAAGUUUAUUUUCUAAAGCUUUUUAGGGUGAUUUUUUUGUACAUCGGAGGAUUUUUAUAAGUAGCCUUAACUCAAAAGCUGUUGACGGCUCUAGAUAAAGAAAUAGAAUUUUCGGGAAUGAUUCAGAUCUUGAGGAAAAGAAAGUUAGAAAAGUCAGGGAGCUGAGACAUUUCAGUGCUAAAAUUCAAAACAAGCCUCUCUGGUGUGAAUCUGGUUCUAGAGCUCAUAUAGAGCCUGACAAAUCCCCCCCCCCCCUUUAGGGCAGUGCGUGGCGUGCAGCGGUGCUCUGCCUCUAUUUGGGGGGGUCUGGACCUUUGUUGUUUGUCGUUAAUGUUCUUUGAUAAGUGAUGUUCAAAGACAAGACAGGACCUUCUUCCUAACCUAAUGUGAUUAAUGGACCUCAGAGACACAUAGAGAGGAAGCAGCAGUCCUCCAGGCAGCAGAGGCGAGAUGAUGCGACCGGGAGCUAAGCAGUAUGUGGUGGCCAGGCCGCUGUACUCGGAGGAGUCCUUCACCGAGGAGCAUGAGAAGGUCUACAGGCACCAUAAGACCAUGCUGGACCACGUCAAGCAGUACUUCACAUGUGAUGCCAAACGAGCCAAGAACGCAGCUCUGUCUCUCCUGCCGAUCAUCGGCUGGAUGAAAAUCUAUCGAUUCAAGGAGUGGCUGCUCAGUGACAUUGUGUCGGGUGUCAGCACUGGACUUGUAGCUGUCCUGCAAGGUCUGGCCUACUGUCUGUUGGCCUCUCUGCCACCCUGGUAUGGACUCUUCUCAGCCUUCUUCCCUGUCGUCACCUACUUUUUUCUUGGCACCUCCAGACACAUCUCAGUUGGUCCGUUCCCAGUCUUGUGUCUGAUGAUUGGCUCGGUGGUGACCAGACUUGUCCCAGACGAGGGUCCGCCCGCCAACAUCACAGGGUUUGAAGGCCUGACGAGAGACGAGCAAAGAGUGUUGGUGGCGUCCUCUGUGACCUUCCUCGCCGGGAUCAUGCAGUUGGCGAUGGGUCUCCUGCAGGUGGGCUUUGUCGUCAUGUACCUGUCGGACACCCUGGUGUCCGGCUUCACCACAGCUGCUGCCAUCCACAUCCUGGUAUCACAGCUGAAGUUCGUGCUGGGGUUGACUGUUCCGGGCAUCAGUGGACCACUCGCUAUCAUAUAUACCCUGGAGAUCAUCUUUAACAAGAUAACCUCCACCAACGUCUGUGAUGUGGUGAUCUCCUUGGUGAUCAUGGUGGUGGUGUUCAUCGUGAAGGAGCUAAAUGACAGAUUUAAAUCCAAGCUGCCUGUGCCCAUACCCAUAGAAGUUAUAAUGACUGUCAUUGCAUGUGGAGUUUCUUAUGCAUUUGACUUCAAGACAAAGUAUGGCAUUGAUGUGGUUGGCUAUAUUCCAAAGGGGUACGAGUCUCCUGUGGCCCCGAACCUGCACAUCUUCCAGGACACAGUAGUCGAAGCCUUUCCAAUGGCCAUAGUGGGUUUUGCUGUGGCUUUCUCUGUGGCAAAGGUCUAUUCUGUGAAACACGAUUACACAAUAGAUGGAAACCAGGAGCUGAUCGCUUUUGGAGUCAGUAACAUCUUUGGAGCCUCCUUCAAGUCCUUUGCAGCCAGUACAGCUCUUUCCAGGAGUGCAGUACAGGAGAGUACAGGGGGCAAGACUCAGAUAGCUGGUUUACUGUCAGCCAUCAUUGUGAUGAUAGUCACCUUGGCAAUUGGAUUCCUUCUGGAGCCCCUCCCGAAGUCUGUGCUGGGAGCUGUGGUCAUCGUCAACCUGAAGGGCAUGCUGAUGCAAUUCAGAGACGUCCCCUACCUGUGGAGGAGGGACAAACCAGACUGUGUGGUGUGGUUAAGUACCUGUUUUGCUUCCAUCUUACUGGGACUGGAUCUCGGACUGGCUGCAGGUCUUGGUGUGGAACUACUCAGUGUCGUCCUCAGGACUCAAUUCCCUCGCUGCAGUGUGCUAGCCAACAUCAAGGGAACUGAUAUCUACAAAGACAGAAAGGAUUUCAUCAGUAUAUACGAGCCAGAAGGGGUGAAAAUCUUCAGGAUUCCAUCACCAAUCUUCUUUGCCAACAUUGAGUUCUUCAGGAGCAAGCUGGUGGAAGCUCUUGGAUUUAACCCACUGAGAGUGUUGAGAAAGAGAAAUAAAGCACUGAGGAUGAUCCGCAAACUUCUGAAGAAAGGUGAUCUACAAUGGACAUCAAAAGGCUUAAUGAAUACCUCGUGUAGACCCAUCACCGAAUCAGAGGAUGAGAGCAACAUGGAGGAGCUGGACCUGCCGACAGACUUCAGGGACCUGCCCACCCGGAUUGACUGGAACGCCGAGCUUCCGGCCAACAUCGCCGUUCCCAGAGUGGACGUUCACACGGUGAUCCUGGACUUCGCCGCUGUCUCCUUCCUGGACAUCUCUGCUCUGAAAGGACUGAAAACAGCACUGAAAGAGUUGAUUCGGGUUGAAGUUGAGGUCUACAUUGUGGCAUGUGAUCCUUAUAUCCUGGAGAAACUGCAUAACUGUAGCUUCUUUGAUGACGAAGUUAAGCCAUCCAUGUUCUUCCUGACACUGCACGACGCAAUGUUGCACACCCUCGAGAACCAUCCAGAGUCCACAGAAAAGAAAUGCAACUUUGAAAAGGUUAUAACAACAGUCACAGUUCACCACCCUGGAGGCAGUCUCAGGAGCAGAGAUAGAAAUGCACCAGAUCCAGAAACCAAGUUCUAACUUCAGAAUGAGAAGAUGAUUAUUUCUAGUUAAAGAAAAAUGAAGGCAAAAAGAGUGAAUAUUUUACUGAUCAUGCUGUCACUGAUAUAAUGAACAACGAGAUACUGUUUUUGACUUUGUAAAUCGGACCAUCUGAAGUUUACAUACAGUAUUCACUGUAAUGUAAGAAAUCUAAUUUCAUGGUAUUUUUUUUAUAUUGUACAUAGUGAAUUUGUAGAAAAUUUUAGGUGUAAUACAUUUGACAUGUUGUAUAGUUACUGUAUAUUUUCACAACAAUGACAAUAAAUGAACUUUUUUUGGCA